AUGUCCAACAACAUUCGUAUGUUCAUUCGAAUGAUCCAUGAAGAAAUUGAAGAUGAUAAAGAGGAUGAGGCUAUUGCUACAGCUUUAGUAGAGCAAUAUGCUCACCAUAUGGAUCACGACUCUUUUUCACAUCACGGUGGAUCCGUGCUGAACCACCGUGUCAUUAAUCGCAAUAGAGCUGAAGGUCAUGAGAGGCUUUAUCGUGAUUAUUUUGCAGAUUCACCAAUAUAUCCAUCACAAUUAUUUCGCAGAAGGUUUCGUAUGCAUCGAUCAUUAUUUCUACGAAUUCAAGCAGCAAUUGAAACACAUGAUCAAUAUUUUGUUCAAAGAUUUGAUGCUGUAAGAGUUCCCGGAUUAUCAUCACUCCAAAAAAUGACAGCUGCAUUAAGAAUGCUCGCAUAUGGAUCACCUGCAAAUGCUGUGGAUGAAUAUGUUAGGAUUGGCGAAAGUACAUCAAUAGAGAGUUUGAAGAAGUUCGCGAAAGCAGUAGUUGAAAUAUUUGGAGAGCAAUAUUUGAGGCAGCCAAAUACGAGUGACAUCACAAGGUUGAUGAGCGUGGCUGAGCAGCGUGGGUUUCCAGGUCAUGCCCGUGAACCAACGAUUAUUUUGGAAGCAAUAGCUUCUUAUGAUCUGUGGAUAUGGCAUGACUUUUUUGGAUUACUAGGAUCAUUAAACGAUAUUAAUGUGGUAGAUAGAUCCCAUGUAUUCUUUGAAUUGGUAGAAGGUCGCGGUCUUGAAGUUUCGUAUACUAUCAGUGGACAUGAAUAUACCAUGGGAUUUUAUCUUGCCGAUGGUAUAUAUCUCUCAUGGCGUACUUUUGUUAAAACCAUUCCAUCUCCUCAAGGGAAUAAGAAGAAUUUUUUUGCUGCACAACAAGAGUUUGCUAGAAAGGACGUCAAACGAGCAUUUGGAGUCCUACAAUCAUGA